CUGGUUGAUGAUGGAAGAACGUGUCAAUACAUCGAUAAAUGGUCUACGGAACACGCGUAGAAAACUUUUUGCAGAUGAAAAUGACAGCGACGGCGAGGAACAGAACUUUUACAAUCGUAUUAUCGAAGAAAGCCGACAAAGAUCAGAAGAGGACAUGAAAAAAUGGAACUUUGAUUUUAAGCAUGAAAUGCCACUACCUGGACGUUUCAAGUGGGUAAAAACAGACCAAUACGGAAACGAAAUUUCUGAUCCCACAAAUUUAAUUAACGAAGAACAAAAUAGAAACGAGCAGGAAAAACAGAUAGAAGAAACAGACAAAAAUUCAAGAAGAAGAAAUGACGAACCGAUGAAUGAAAAUCCGACGAAAAAAGCUAAACUAGAAAAAUCGUAAAAAUAUUAUUCGAUAUACUAGAUAAUAGCAAAGACAAUCGCAGCUACGAGAUAGAAAUUGCUCCUCGUACAAAAAAAAAAACUAUAUAAAUGUUUAAUUUCAAAACUUGUGAUUCAUCUUCAAUGAAUAUUAAAAAUUACUUGCAAAUUUCUUCUCUAAAAUUUAGAGUAAAAUUAGUAAGAUUUAGAUUUUUAUACGAAGAGCGAGAAAACGGGGAAUAUAAAGUCCUAAAACAAAUGUGAUAAAACUACAUUCUCAAAUUGUCAAUUUAUUAAUUGAACUGAAUUAUUUUAUAAUUAGUUUAUAAAUUCUAGUCAGAGGAGGCAUGAUGCCAACAUGUCUCGAAGAAACCAAAGCAAAAUUCUUUAUUUUAAUUAACGAAUUUUAUUAAUAUCUGAAAGAAGUGACUAGAUUACGUGUGAUUUGUCCAAUUAAAUUCAAUUAUGUUAAUUUUAAAGCACCGCAUGUGAUUUUAUUCAAUUUAAUAUUUAUAGAAAUGAACGUGCAAUACACGUGAUUAUAUUCAAUUGAUAUUUAUAAUUUGGAGUAAAUAAUCCGCGCGAUAUAGACAAAUGUAAAAAUAGUUAAUAUAUUUCUAUAAUAUUUAUAAAAAAAAA